AUGGACAGCAUGAACAACGACUUCAACAUGCAGUCUGCCAACAAGAUGAGUGACGAAGAAUUCGCCCAACUCAUGACCAGUUACCUGCAGCAGGAUCAGCCGCAGUCCCCGUUUAACCCGGGUUAUGAUGGCAAUACCUGUCUUCCUGUCCCCGCUGCUGCAGUUGAGCCUUUCCCUGGCUACCAGCAGGGCCAGAGCUUCAACCCUCAACUGCCCCAGAACCCUGGUUCUGUCGGUUUUCAUCCCUAUGGUAAUGAUGAAUACACCGAGGAGGCCAGGUGGAAUGACAAGGGCAACUUCUAUGAUGCCUCUCUCUUCGGCACCGGCAGCAAUCAACAGGAGCAGUACAUUGACCCCCGACCGCUCCAGAAUAUUGGUUCGGUCGGUAUUCACCCCGAAGAAGAUAGUGAAUACAUUGGGGAGGCCAAGAAAGAUGAGGAGGGCAACCAAAACGACGCCUCGUCUGACCUUGACUCGCUCUUCGGCGAGAAAGAAGUCGAGGGGAACCUUCCUUCCCCUGAUUUCUAUCUUCUGGGGGAACAGCAAGCACCUCCUGUCCCGGCCUCUGCCUUUCCUAUCGCUCUCCCCUCCUUUACUCUUGCACUCCCUUCCCUUCCCUUGCCCUGUAAUGGCCCAGAGAACAACCAGCAGAUUGUUGGGGAUGCUUCGCAGCGGACUGUAGAGGCAGGCCACAUGGCCUAUAGUCUUCUGCAGUCCCCGUCGCCUGCCGAGCCUGUGUCUCGUGCAUCCCCAGCCUUGGAGAACAUUGUGGACAAAGCCAUCAAACCCAACAACAAGGGCAAGCGAGUGACGAAGAACAACAGCAACAAAAAGGCCAGAGAGGUCAAGGCCAAUUCUUGUGAGGCAUGCCGUCGCAGCAAGACCAAGUGCGUUCGCGAGGGGGACGCCGACGGCUGUAACUACUGCAAGAAGAAGAACCGUGUGUGCCACGUCUCCGGCACCGAUGGCCGCACCAAUAAGACCAACCAGGAGCGUUUGGAUGCCGCCGUGACGGCCGUCAACGACUACCUCAAGGACGCCGUCCUCCUCUGCUCCGAACUCGUCGACCAUCCCGAACAGAGACAGACUGCCCAGGCCCUUCUGCACAACAUGGGCGACUUACGACAGGUCCGCGCAAUCAUCUCCGGCUUGACCAGAAGCCCCUUGAAGGAGUUCCGGUUCGCCAUGGGUCCCUUCCGCCCGCCGUUUUACGAAGGAGCGACCAAGCUGGCAGAGACUCGAAACCAGCGCAUCCCUCAGCUCAAAGAAGCGGCCAUGAAGCAAGCUGAAAUCGUCGGCUCUUUGUUAAUCAUGAUUGUUUUUAGCGGCCAGUCUCAGCUUGAGGAGGCAACCACACUUGUUGCGCGCGUGAUGCUCCACAACAUUGCCCUGAAUUUGCUCAAAAACGAUGUCCAACAGCACUGCUACUUCCCUCCUGGUUCUGUUCAUCCCGUCUGUCAGCAAAUCCGCCAGGAGAUCGAGGAUCGAAUCAGCGCUGCGUUGGCGUAG